AGAGGCGGUCAGCAGCCGUUGGGGCAAGACACUGGUUCCCAGAGGAGGGCUGGCCGCCGCCGUGCAAGGUUCAGAGCCCCAGGGCCCGUGAGACACCACCAGGCCCAGGGGUCCACCAUGGAUGCUAAAAAGGACAACCUACCUUUGAAGGGCUCGAAACCCCGGGGGACUCUCUCGCGCUCUGUACACAUCGCAGAGGGGGCGCAUCCCGAGCGCUCGGGUCGAUCCACACUCUCCCAGCGCGGCGUCAGCGCGGCGCCCUCAGCAUCCGUACUCAAGCCGCCUUCAACCCCCGCGACCCUCAGCCAAGAAGAGAAGGAGGCCAUCCAAAAGCGUGCUGAGGGCCGGGCCAAAGUCCCGCCCAAAUUCAGGGACAGCGUCAAGCGUUUUUUCUUCUCGCCCACAGGAGCCUUGAAGAUCAUUAGGCUGGGCCUUCUCAUAGGGGCAUUCAUUUUUUUCAUCAUUGCCGAAGCCCCAGAGUCCUACAUAGCAAUCACCAUUCUGGAAACCUGCAUCGUUGUUUUUUUCAUUCUAAUAUAUAUGCUAACCCUUCAACACUUGAUGACUUAUUUACAUUGGCCCUUACUUGAUCUUAUCAACAGUUUCAUUACUGCAGUGUUCCUUUUAAUAGUUGCCAUCUUGGCGAUACAAGAAAAGGAAAGAAGGCAUUUGUUCUAUAUUGGAGGGGCCCUGUGUCUCACAGCAGCAACCGUGUGUGUCAUCGACGCGACUCUGGUCACCAAGACGAUGAGGAAUAACUUGAAAAAAGCCCUGGGAAUCAAAAUGGAAACCAGUAGACCCCUGACCCCGGAACCCACCCCACCCACAAGGACACCCACAAGGGGAGGCCCAAACGCACCUACAAGGGCAGCUAUGAAGCCACGCAGCCGCCGGGGGCAGGCACCCUCGAAAGCACCCUCGCCGGAACCCUCGUGGACGCCUAUGAAAACCCCGCCAACUCCUUCCUCCGGCGGCUCUCGCCGCUGAGCUCUCACGCUGUCACCCAUUUCGGCCCACAUGUGAUCAUAAAAUCGGGACUGCUAAACCGGUAA